UUGGAGCGGGCAGCCCGAAGGAGGAUGAGCCGCACGGCGCUGCAGUGCGGCGUCCGCUUCCAGCCGCCAUCCGUCAUCCUCAUCUACAGGGACAACGACAAGACCCGGCGGCGCAUCAUCCCCGUCAGGAACUUCUCCCAGUCCUCAGAUUGCGGCGUCGCUGCUGAGCAGCUGAAGAAUAACCCUCGGCACAAAGCCUACCUGGAAGGAGUGUCGCUGUGUCAGCUAAAGAAGCUGCACGUUCUGCUGAGAGGCCACCUGAGGGGAGAGAGCCUGGCUGAGAGCCUGGGGAAGAUUGAGCAGGAGCAGAACAUUGACCCCGAGGAGGACAUGAACAAACUGGACGAUGAGGAGUUAGCCAAAAGGAAACGCAUCAUGGACGAGCUCUUCGAAAAGAACAGGAAGAAAAAGGACGACCCGGACUUUGUCUAUGACAUCGAGGUGGAGUUUCCCCAGGAUGAGCAGCUGGAGUCCUGUGGAUGGGAUGGGGAGUCGUGUGAAGAAGUCUGAUUGCAGACCGAGAGGAGCUGGAUGGGCAGAAACAGAUCCCAUAUUCCUAGGAGAGAACAGUGCCAUCCUGCUCCCUCCACUGCAGCAUCUCCUGUUGGUGUGGCUUGAAAUUGGCCAUGGAGAAUCUGAGGCCUAAGAUAUUCCAGCAGUUUCAGGUUUAUAUGCAGUGUAAGGAGCUGAACUGAGAAAGCUGAAACGAGACAGCUGAACUUGGUGGCUGUUUUACUCAUUUCCAACGUAGGAGUGCCCCAAUUUAACUAAUUUAUCUUUCCUUUGUUUCCAUCUGGCUGAAAACCUCACCAUGUUUUCCUGUGAUUUCUCUUCAGCUUUAUCUGAAAAUGAAAUGUUAAGUAUUUACAUCUUGGAAGCAAUAAUACACUUUAUUGGGUGCCUGUGGUGUUUAUCACCACCUCGGUUGGAAUGUGAAAUAUACGUUUGGAUACAUCAGUGUCUCAUUGAGGAUAUCACUCUCACCUUCCCUCAGUAGAGGCCACGUUUGCCAUUUCAGGUUGCACAGGUUAAAUCCUUCAUUAAAAAACCUGAGCAUUUCAAAAA